GGCGGGAAAACUGGAACAAAAACUAAACAGCAAAUUUUUGGCUUCACCGAGAUCUGAUUCACUUAUUGAGUCUUUCAACAACAAUUGUAUGGCAUUUACGAGUAGAAGGUAAUGCUGAAAGUAGUCUUCAGAAAGAAUACCAUACAAAGCGGGAGCUCCAUAAAACAACAGAAAUGAACGUAGUUCACUCGCUUUCCUGUGUUUUAAGUGUUCAGAUACUGACCUUGGCAUUCUCCUUAUUUCUUAAGUUGGAAGGAUUUCGUUUAGUCGAUCAUCUAAAACUCCAACUAAGUGCCGAAAACUGAAGGGCUCUUUAGAAUAGGUGUCGCCAAACCACAACUUCAAAAGUUUCUGAACGCCUAAUAGAACUCUGUGCAUAUAGUCUAUUCCCAUUCCCACAACAACGUCAAAAUUCUCCAGAAAUAAAAGCCAGGAUGGCCCCUUUACUCCUUUUACUGCAUAUUGUUUCUGGCCAGAUUGAAGGUUCCUCAAUGCUUCAUAAGAGUGCUUUGUAGUAUCCUGUUUAUUUUGCAAUUGGCCCUUUGGAUUAUCCCUUAUAUACUGAAAUAUUUUUGUGUGGCCUUGAAUACCAAUUUUUUUCUGUUCUUCCUUGUUGAAAGCAUUUCCAACAGCCAUAUUCUCCAUUAAACUGCAGGCUGUUACACACCAAACACCUGGCAGGAAGAUCACAACUCCCAGCUAGAAGAACAGCUCUACAUAAAAACUUGCCUCUUUCUGAAGACUCUACUGUAAUACCCUUGUCCAUUAACAGAAAACUAAGUUCUUCAUACAAGGGUUUCAGAAAAGUUGCCAUAGUGGGCUUUUUGUCCCCGAACCAGCGCCCUGCAAAAAUCAUGUUUUCUUUUGCCAUCCUUUUCUCAUACGGUAGUUCAUUGAUCACCAGAAAUAAAGGCCAUAUUGAAACUUUUGAAGAUUUAGAAACUGGUGCUCCAUCCGUAUUAAAAAGGAAGGUGUUACGAUAUGUAAAUUUCUGUAGCUGUAAUUGUCAGCAGACUUUCUGCCGUACAUAUAAAUGAUGUAUUUUGAAUCGUUAGUUUAGUCUUCUACCGUUAGCUGAGCGAAUAAAAGCUUCGAAACAUGGUGUCAGGAUAAAAAAUCGCCGCAUAACUACAAGAUGUCAGGCGACGAGGGAACUAUGGCAACAAAUACAACUAAUACAGCGUCCGUUGGAAGUGCACAGAUGCAGCAAAUGUCUCCUUUGCUGAGUGGAAUACCGAUGCCGAAACCGUUAAAUCUUGACAACUUUGCCGCUAACUGGAAAAAAUUUAAAAGAGCCUGGGAUAAUUACGCCGUAGUUGUGAGACUCCAGCAGUGCAACGAAGAAUAUAAGACUGCAACUUUUCUUUCUGUGAUCGGUGAAGAAGCUCUUGAAAUUUAUGAAGGUAUGACAUUUAACCCACCCGAAAGUUCGAAAGUACUCGACUCUGUUGUUAAAAAAUUUGAGGAAUAUUGCAUCAGACAAACCAAUGAGACCUUCAAGCGGUAUUUAUUUAACUCCAGAUCACAGAAAGAGGAUGAAAGUAUUGAUCACUAUGUAUUGGCACUUAGAACACUUGCGAAGUCGUGUAAUUUUUGUCAGUGUUUACAUGAUUCACUUAUAUGUAAUAGAAUAGUGUUUGGCGUUAAAGAGCCUGCCUUGAGAAAGAAGCUGUUGCAAGAAAGACAACUCACUCUAGAAAAAGCAAUCGACAUCUGCAAAAGCGGAGAAACAACUGCACAGCAUUUAAAGGAUCUCGCCACAGCUACGGAUCUGAAUGAAAUACACGCUUUGAAACAUUGCAACAACAAAAAACAAGAUUACCGGAAGACCCAAGAGAUUCAAAGGGUGCCAACAAAUGCAAGUACUGUGGAGGAAAUCAUGUGCUCAAGAGGGAAAAAUGUCCGGCCGAUGGAAAGACUCGUGGAAAGUGUGGAAAAAGUAAUCACUUCGCUAGAGUGUGUAAGCAGUGUGGACGAAGGAAAAAACCAGUCAACACAGUCUCAGUCUCUUCCAGUGACUCUGGUGAAUCACUGUUUACAAUUCAAUUAACUCCAGAAGUCGACUCAG